CCAGUUCUAUUCGAUACAGCCACUGACAGGAUGAUCGCCCCCAGUGCUGUAGUGCUACUUCUAGCAAUUGCUUUAGUUCGCGUUGAAACGUUACGUUUGAAUGCAUUUGAUGUGAUCAAAGACUGCAAACAGUUUAACACCGCCUUUGGAUACAAUGGUACAUUGAAUUACAUCCCGAUCAGCAGCUUUACUAAUGCCGUCGAUCAGAGGGAAUUUAAGUACUACGUGUUUGGAGUGUUGGGACCGACUGGUGCAGUCAUUCGGCUUUCCCAUUCAGUGUAUCCUUACGGGACGGAGGUGGUAGAAGUGGUACUGGGAGCCUAUAACAACACGAAAACGAUUGCCCGACAUCAGCACCGCAAGUCUACGGGUGAGUUUGAAAACACCGACAUCGUGAAGAUGGCAACACCGAAUCUGUUGUCCCCGUUUCGUCCUGUGAUGCUAAUGCUCAAGGUGUGGACGAACGGCAGGCGAGAAGUGUUGCACACCGGUCAGCAGUUUCCUUUCAUCUCGUUUAUGGACGCCCGAAACAUCACGGUUAACUAUAUGGCCUUUACAAAGAUGGAUAGCAAUUUGAUUAUCUUUUACGACUGUCCUCCAGUGCAAAGUGGUUGAAGUGUUCAGAGGCAUCAUAUCGUGAUUGUUGCGCAUUUGAAUUGUAAUCUAUAACAUAUAAAUCAUAUUGAAUUUUA